UGUGAUGCGUUUACUUGACAGUUUUAUGUAUUAAACAUUAGUCGUUUCACAUUCAUUUAAUUAUAAAUCGCCUUUUCUGUGUUCGCCAGGCGAUUUGAGUGAAUUUAAAAAUGUCAAAGGACAGCACCACUUCGCUCAAAACUUCUACAAGCAUUGAUAUUUUAACGAUUGGCAACAGUGGGAAAAUGUCAUUCGGUAUUUAUUUAUUUUUAUUUAGUUAGAACUUGCUUUCUUUCCGUCUAAAAAUAUGGCUUGCUAGUUGGAAAGUUUCAGCAAAUAAAGUGAUCUUUAGUAGAGAUUCGCAUACACAACAUUCCAAAAAAUUGUUUUUGUAGAAUGACUAGCAAAAGUAGUUAUGUUGCUCGAGUUAAUCAGUUCGAUGCAAUCCAGUUUGAUAAGGAUAUCCUUAAGAUACUUAGGGAACAAUUGUUUUCAACAAUCCAAAGUUUAUCGCCUACAAUCCUAGCUCGAUUCCAGCCCGAGUUUGAGCUGCUUCUGCAGUCGGCAGUUUGGCUAGGAUCCAUCGGAAAGCAGUUCGCAUCAUUUGGACAACAACUUCUUCUAAUUUGCUACGACAAAGACGAACUAACACGGUCGCGGCUUUGUCUUCACUUUCUCUUGACUGUGCUUCCGAAAUAUGCAAAAGAUAAUGCGGAACAACGGCUGGCCGGAAAAGAAUGGGUCAAUACCAUUUUGUCAUGGACCGAAAAUACUUUGCUUAUCUUGUCGGUCGUAAAUUUCUUCCGUUUCCUAAAGUCUGGGAAGAAACCAACACUGAUUGAUUUCUUGCUAGGAUUGGACUACAUAACAUUGCACAGUAGUCGUAGGCGCGACGUCGGGUACAGUCACAUCACAAGGGAAUUGAUAUGGAACGGGUUCAUGGAAUUGCUUAUGGUUAUGUUGCCCCUCAUUAAUUACAAAAAAGUGCAACGGAAUGUAAAAGGUUUCUUCAGCAAGCACGCAGAACAUGUGAGUUCGAAAAGUGUGGCACCCGUAAUGGAUGUCCACACGGUCUGUGCUUACUGCGAGGAUCGUCCAACGCUUCCACAUCAUAUUGGAUGUGGACACAUAUUUUGUUAUUACUGUUUAGAGGGUAAUAUUAUGGCGGAUCAAGGGUUUUUAUGUCCACUAUGUGGGGCAUCGGCUGUUAAAAUUAUGCGGCUUCCUGUAGCGGAUUAGGGAGAAAUGUAAUAGCAUUUAGCUUUAUUUUGUGUAGGAUUUAGAUAACAUUCUGUGUAUUGUGCAUGGAACUGAGUUAGGGUCGAUUUUAAAAUAAAUGUUUGAAAAAAAAAA